UUUCAAUUUUAUAUAAUAAUAGUGGAAUAGUGAAAUCUAAUUUUUUCAAAAGUAUUUAAUUAUAAAAAAAAAUUGAAUAUCAGUCGUGUUGCGUGCAGUUGUUCAAAACAAUUUACUAGUAGUCCGACUGAAAAGCGUCACCGAGAUAAAUUGAAUUACAUCGGCGGUUCAGCGUUAAUUGAGUAUUAACUCGGUGAUUUGUAUCACUUGUUUCUUGGUCAUGUCAAGCAUGUGAAUCACGUAGAGUCUUAAUGUCUGCAUUGAUACGAGAGCCGAUGUAAAUAUUAUGCAACGCACGUUUUCCAUCAUCUUAUAUAGCCUGUAACAACUGAGCCAUUCUAUAUGGAAAGCGCAUAUCUAACAAAUAAAUAAAAAUUGUUAAAAAUAAACAAUUCUCUACUAACACAUAAAUACACUAUUCAACAUUCAUCUGAACAAAAACGUAUGACACUCGAUCGUUAAAUUAAUACGAUCAAAAUUCCCUUUAAUUGACUAUCAUUAUUAUUUCUAUGUAUUAAAGUACCAUUUCAUAUUUCCUAUAAAACUUUCCAUAAUUUACCAAAUAAUUCAUAAAUAAUGUUCUUAAAGAUCCUCGUACCAUUUCCAAAAACAUCGUUUCUAAAACUUUCAUUAAUCAAAUAAAAACAAACAAACAAACACAUACAAUUCUGUUUCCUAAUAAAAGCUGAUUUACCAUACGCGACAGUGCACGUUGCCUCUGUAAACAAAGAUUACAUACAAUCGCCUUAAGCCUUACAUUCAAGCAUAAACACGAACGUGAAAGUGUUUGCCAGCUCCUCGAGUUCAAUAAAUAAAAACAUUACUCGUCACACUCCACCCCACGGGUACGAGUAUUUUUGAUCUCCGUUCGUUCAGACGUUGAUUCUACCGCGACGGACCGUUCUCACUCUAAGUAGCAACUUACCGCUGUACGAUGAGUUUACUUGGGUUAAGAGCAGUCGCGGAUCGAACAUUUUGAAAUGAGAGUUAAAUCGAUCCAGUCGCUGACCGAUUCAAUGUUUCCCCCGGCUGACAUAAGAUUUAAACUGGUGAGCAAAGCGAAGUUGACGAUCACUGAAGGUCUAUAGGGCUGGCCAUCUGUCCCUCGUUGCCACGUCUGCGACGACUUGGUGGUCCAUUUUGGGGCUGGUGCGCAACAGCAUCGGCACUAGCGCUGGCAAUGAAGCGCUCUCAGGUAGAAUCUGCUCCCUCCCCCCUCCUUUUCUCUCACUAUACCGUGUGCGCGCUAGCGCACGUGCUCCCUUCCCCUACCCCGCUUCUCGCAUCCACCCGUGGCUUCUUACUUUUUUACUGGUAUCGUUAGAGGAGCAGUAGAGAGUAGACCGGGAGAAUGGUGAACCAUGUUGUUCUAGUAGAAAUUCUAAUGAUAACGCCAACACGAUUCUGGAUCACCACAGGAUACCCGCAAACGUUGAAUUCACGGAGGGCUUCCAACGGAACCUACCACGUGGUACUGACGACGGAAUGGUCGAAAUGGGAUUAGAAUUGUUUAACGCAUUGCUGACCGGUCACGAGUUAACUCCUGUUUGUAUUUGCAUUAGAAUAAUGUCACGCUGGUGCGAUCGAUCGGCCAUAGUCCUAACGGGUAUGGUAUUACUUAGUAUGAUAAUGUGGAAUACGGCUAAGAGCUCCAUAAUGAAGUGCGAACAGGCGAAAAUGAAGUGCGCUUUCAGAACAGGCUGUGGCUCUGCUCUGCAACACUAUCUUACAGGUUGCGCGCCCGUUCUCCAGGGCGACGAUUGUUCCGAGGCAUGCCAACAUGCCCUCAUUGCUCUUACAAGCACCGAUGAAGGUCAGGAUCUUAUGACGUGCGAGUGCGAGGACAAAUUAUGUUUACAAUCGAAGCAGAGAGUUGAAAUCUGCAGGUCUUCUGUGCAAAUGGCCUUAAACAGGACUAGGGUGUCUUGCAGAGUUGCAACUUGGAUUUGUAACGCGGAUGCCCUUUGUCAGACUGCACUUUCGUACUAUAACAGAUAUUGUAAGAACAUGUUUCAAGGACGAAAGUGUACAAAACGGUGUAAAAAUUCAAUAGAUAUUCUUACAAGGCAAGAAAAAGCUGCAAAAUUGAAUACAUGUCAAUGCGAUGGUUUCGAGGAUUACGACUGUAGAGAAAUUCAUAGAAAUAUGAAUUUACUCUGUUUUGGCAAAAUACAUCAUGGUUAUCAUAAUGUGAAUACUGAGAAUAAUAAAAGUAACGAGUUACUAAGACCAACUAUGACUCUUAGAGGGGAUGCUGUUCAAACAAUAAUUGACAGAAGACUAUUUUUACUGUCCCUAGUUAUUUAUCACAUACUUAAAGCGAGACAAGACUGACAACUAAAACAUAUGCACAAGAAUCUCCACAAGAGCAGUAUUCCAUGAAACCUAUAACCAAAGAUCUUCAUCAAUAUUCAAUCAAGUUUUAUAUACCAGUAAUAAUGAAUUGCUAUAUUCUUCUAUAAAAAAUUUUAGUAGCUUCGUAAAGUAAUUGUAAAGCUAUAAAUUUUUUAUAAAAUUUGUAUAGAGGAAAUCAAUAUGAAGGAAGGGAAUCUUGUACAGUGAAAAUAUUGUAUAUUUAAUUGUAUUAUAGUAAAUGUAACUGAAUCAUUUAUUAUAGGUCUUUAGUUGUAGGUGAGUUCUAUUUAUGAAUGCAUGGUAAUGUAAAUAUCUAUGUAAUGGAAAAUGGUUUUCUAUUUCCUUUUUUUUUCAUUUUAUAUAUUUAUACGUUUCAAAGAAUUAUAAUGUGUGAUAUUUUUUAACAAACACCAUUUCAAAAUUUAUAUCAGAUUACGAUAUUAAUUCAGAUAUUUAAAAAUGACUGAUCGUUAAUGGUUUGUUAAUAUUGAAAAUUAAAAAAUUUUUUUAUGUAAAAAAACUUAAAAAUUUGUAUUUUGAGUUAAUAGUUACCAAAAGAAUAAAACGUUAAUUUUAAUAAUUAAACUUUGUUACUGCGACUUUGUGGGUAUACGUGUUUUCUUUUGAAUAAUUUCUACUUUUCAAACUCGUGAAAGUCUGACACACAUCUGUUUAUCCAAGUGUUCAAUUUAAAAACGAAAAGACAUGUAAUGCUCAUUAUGAAAAUAAGUAUAAAACAUUUGUAAUUAAAUAUUCUGCUGUGAAAUCAUUAAAACCUUCAAAAUUAAACAUAUUUAAUUUUAAUAGAUAAGUUAUGUGUUUUAAAUAUAUACAGUGAUAAAUAUUAUGUCACUGAGCCAGCCACUGUAGCCAUAUAUUCUACAAGCAAUGUUUAAAGAAUAUAUUUGAAAGAGAUUAGUGCAAUUUACGUUUUCUUAUUCCUUUAUAAAAAAAUAUCCUAUGAAAAAAUUCCUUUGUAUUAAAAUUUUCUGAAUUUUUACGAUGUUAUAGCAAAGCUUUUGCUAUUAAACAUAGUACAAAGUAUAAGAAAGUGUAACUUUAAGUUCCUGACAAAUUGCUUUAUUAAUGAAAUGUAUCCAAAAAAUGAACAUUUUAAGGAAAUCCAUCAUCGUCCUCCUCUGCCAUUUCCUUAGCAAGUUCCAAGUCCUGUUGUUCCCUUUCUCUACGUUCCUCUGCUGAUUCGAGAUCCUUUCCAUAUGACUUUGGAGGAUAUCUCAUUGCCUUAACACUCUGAUUAUGUAAAUCUAAGCAGAACGUGAUUCUCUGAUGGAACGCGAGUAAUGGCUCUUUAGUACAAUACAAAUCAGUAGUCUCUUUACUACGCAUAUAUCCAUUUUCUGGUUCCAAAGUAGCUUCAAUCACACCAUCUCUAAUAGCUUUAGCUACGAUAAAUUCUGCGUCGACGCUUGAAUCUAAACCUAAUUUCUUUGUAAUAUCUGUAGGAGAAAUUCUGGAAUAGGAAAGUCCAAUCGAUCUAAUCGCAGUUUUAAUAACAUUAUGUCUCAGUCUGAGAAUCAGAGUGAAUGUGUGAUCCGCUCUGAAUUGUGGACCAAAGUUUUCUAAAACUUCUCCAAAACGUUGCAGAUUUCCUAAACGUACAGCUUGC